UCUGUGGGAGUAGCGGAGCUCGCCCCCGGGCAAAAUAUUCCGGCAGGACCGGCUCUGCCCACUCCCCUUCCCCUCCGAUUCUACCUCGGUGUGUGUCAACUGCAAGUUACCACGGUGGGAGCCGGCUGGGGAGGACCUGCCCGCGUCCCCCCGGCCAGGCUCUCUGUACCCCGCCAGUCUAAACAACGGUCCGCCUUGCCCAAACUGUUUGGAUUAGGAGCUAUUAGUUAAAGGUUGGUUUUGAUGACGCUGGCGAGCACGAGAAUGAUUUGAAAGUGGUUUUAUAUACGAAGAGAAGGAGGCUUUUAAGCUUAAGAGGGUAACUACUCCCGCACCUGUAUCCGAAAGUGGCUGGGGUCGCGGACGCGUUUGCGGCGGGAGGAGGAAGGCGAAAUGUUCUGUGGAGGAGGUGCUGGGGGUGCGUGGGAUUACGAAAACAAAUAAACGGGGUAUGAAAUACACAGGUAUUGCGGAGUGUGACUUUGUUGCGGUGGCAAAAUGCAGCGACUGGCUUUCUUUCUGCUUUCCAGAGCGGGGGCGGGAAUGGUGAAGGAAAACUGCUGUGAAAUGUGCCCAGGCCGGACAUUUCCUCGGCAGACUUGGGGGGCAGCAGAUUAUUGUGAUUCGGGGUUUUCUGGGGUAGGGGGAGGAGCGGAAAGGACGCCUGAAUGUGACUGAAGCAGAGAUUGCGGUGCAGAUUGCUUGGCUGUCACUGUAACUACUCGAACACGACCCAGCCGGGCAAACGCGCAGAUUUCAUUCCUUUUCGUAUUAUGGGACCGGCGAAUAAAUAUUUUCGCUGCCUGCGGCCGGGCUUUCACAACUUGGUUUGGACGCAAACAGUAACUUGAAAAACGGGAAAGAAACAAAAAGAAAUGGAGGGAGGGGGAAAAUCAGACUGUAACCCGUACUACAAAAUGUAAAUAUAACUAAGCCUGGAGCGAUUUUUAUUUUAAAUUUUGUUUUGGUCUUUGUGCGAAGGAUUCAAACAAAAGAUCGUCUGCCCACAACUUUUUGGAAGUAAGGCCGGUGGGGCUUGUUUGUCCCGAGCAUUCUUUUUUUUUUCAUGAUUCGUUUUCGUUCUGACUGAAACUGAGGAAAAUAUGCUCUUUUAAAAGCCUUUUCGCAUUUAGCCUGCUGUGUAUGAGUGCUUGUUUGCUGGUGUUUCCUUCUUUUUGAACUCUAUUGUCACCGAGUAAAAAAACCCUUAUUUUUUUCCGGAGAAAUCUGCUUUUCAGGAAAUACAUGUUUCUGAAGUGACCUCUCAAAGCAUGCAGCUAGUGAGCUGUAAUUCUACCAGGUGUGUUUGUUGAUUAGCUGGGCUGAAGAGGUUAAGGAAGUUGAAAAAAAACCCGAAGGCAAUCAACAUCUGAAUGUGAAAGUCCAGCUGAGACUGCAAACAAUACAAACUAUUGUGGAGAGAUGUUUUAACUCACUACUGUUUUAUAGGUAUCGUAAUCUGCCCCCGGAAAUGAGACAAAUAGUCUCCCAACAACAACAAAACUCUCCUUUGAAAGCUGCUUUAGGAAACGCUGCUCGUACGAAUGUCACUUUACGUGACAGAGCGCGUUUAAAAUUAGUCUAUUCAAUCUGUUGUAAUGGGCACGGAUUAUGAGUAAACACAUAUUGGAAUGAGCAACCUCAUGUUAUCUGCAGGAACUGCAGGGUUACGGCUGAAUUAAACCCGCAUCAGCGAAUUUCAUCAGAACAGUUACUGUCCGAGCCCUGGGCCAAGAAUUAUAUUUCCGCUAUGGGGUAAUUGCCGUAUUGAAAAAUGAAGGUGGAAAUGUUUGUUUCGUGUAUUGUUCUUCCCCUCUUAAAGACACAAAUCCACGUUUAAUCAAAUUAUUCCGAGCAACAACGAAACCGAUUGGCUUCCGCUGACUCAUUAGAGGGGUUGUAUUAAUUAGGAAUAGUCCUACUGGCUCCUUUUUGAAUUUGAAUGUUUGAUACCCUCGGCUCUACUCUGGCGGGAGGAGGGUAGACUUGGGGAGAAGAGACACAUGGAACUUCAUCUGGGCUGCCGGGGGGCGCCGGGAGCCCAUGCGGCUCUUCCCGAGGCCUCCUCGGGCACUUGGUGCAAAUCAAAAAUCCCACUCCCCAGAAGGCCACCGCCCCAACCUCCUAAUUAUGGGGAUGUUCAUUAAGAUACGAGACCUCUUCCAUUGCAGGACGCGUUUGCCUCUCUCACAAAAGCUGGAUUCGGCGCUGGGGCGGGCUCCCUGAGCUCCGAAGGGAAGGCUUAGUGGAGGGGCAAUUUUCCACUGAAUGGAUAAAUAAAUAGGUUUUAGAAUAGCUUAAAAUUUCUUGGAUGCAGUUGUGGCAUCGCGACGGCGAAAUGGAGGGAGGCCGGGCCCCCCCCUCGCCCCCCGCGCUGCGCGGCGCUCCGCUCCCCCUUUCACGUGCUCCCUCCGCUCCAAAGUUUCCCUUCGCAGCAUCUUCCACCGCCGAAUCCUUCCCUCCCUCCUCCUUCCCUCCGCCGGAAAGCCGGGGGCGGUUCGCCCACCCUUCCCACGGGCUUGCGCGACUCCCUUGUCGUGGGGCCUCCAACUUUUAAGGGCGCCCCCCCUACCCACACCUCCGGCAGCCGGGGCGGGGGGGGGGUGUCCCCGUUACCCGCUCUCGCGCCGCCCGCGCUGCCGGGAAUUACCGCCGCUACUGUUGUUAUUAUGAUUGGGAUAUUUUCCCGCGUGGGGGCGGUGCCGCGGCGGGGGCGCGGCCGGUCCCGCGGGCUGCGCGGCGCGGCGCGGGGGGCGCGGGGCGGCGCGGCGGGGCCGGGGCUGCCGGUAAGUUGGCGGCGCGGUGGCGGCGGCCCCGGGGGAGCGGGCGCCGCGCGCGCUCCCAUUGGCCGCCCCGCCGUCAGCUGCUCCUAUUUUCUGCUGUCGCUUUUGGCGCUCGGCCAUCCAGAAACAAACCACUUCGAUGACUCCUAAUAGUUAUCGCCAGAUGUACUAAUACACAACAAAUCACGGUCCGGGAGAGGGGGAGAGCAAAUGAGUUCCUAUUUCGUGAAUCCCACUUUCCCGGGGAGCCUGCCCGGGGGCCAGGACUCCUUCCUCGGGCAGAUCCCCCUGUACCCGGCGGGCUAUGAUGCUCUCAGGCAUUUUCCGGCUUCGUACGGGGCAAGCAGCCUGCAGGACAAGACUUACACCUCACCUUGUUUCUACCAACAGUCCAACACCGUCAUUGCUUGCAGUCGGGCUUCCUAUGAGUACGGAGCCUCUUGUUUUUAUUCGGACAAGGACAUUAGUAGCGCCUCUCCUUCCGGCAGUGGCAAACAGAGGGGGCCCGGGGACUACCUGCACUUUUCUCCCGAUCAACAGUACAAAACCAGCGGCGGCCAAGCCAAAAUUAUAAAUGACGAAGGCACCGACCGGAAGUACACGAGCCCUGUUUACCCCUGGAUGCAGCGGAUGAACUCCUGCGCUGGUACAGUAUAUGGAACACAUGGGAGACGAGGGAGGCAAACUUACACCAGAUACCAAACGCUAGAGUUAGAGAAGGAAUUUCAUUUUAACAGAUACUUAACCCGAAGACGACGUAUUGAGAUUGCAAACGCUCUCUGCCUUACUGAACGCCAGAUUAAAAUAUGGUUUCAAAACAGGCGGAUGAAAUGGAAAAAGGAAAACAAAUUCAUAAAUUCCACACAGCCCAGCAGCGAAGAAACAGAGGAAAAGUCAGGGGAGUAGAACCACGUUUAAUAAACGCUACCAGGCCUUUCCUUA